AUGGACUGGACACGCGGAAGCCAACUCGAAAGGAGGUACAAGAAAUAUACUUGUUAUUCACACGAAUGCCCAUACAAGGUUAUUACAGCGCUCAAGUUGAUCGCCGAUACCGGGCUCUUAACUUCGGCGUAUGCUGUCGUUUUAAUCGACAUAAAUUUGAUCGUGCCGACGUGGCAAAGCGAAACAUGGCUACGUAAAACUUUUGUAACAAAUAGAUGAUGAGAAGUAAUCUGACACUUUUCAUAAGUUUUGUACUGGAUGUAGGAAAUGAGUCAUACUGUCUUUGAUACAUGGCUUUUGUGAUAUCUGUAAGGAUGUUGUUGAUAUGAAAAUUGGUAAAUG